AUGUUCGCAGUUCCUGAAGUCGACGAUAAUACUGAUGUUUCAUCUUCAAUUGAAAAUACAAAACCAUCGAUUGAAUUUGAAAUGACUAAAGAAUCUACAUCAUCACCUGAGCCACUACUAACAUCUUCUGAACCAAUCUCUACAAAAGAGAAAGAAGAAAAAGUUUCAAUUAAACCAGAAGUUUCACCACUACAACCACCGCCGCCGCCGCCUUCACAAUCAGCAGCAGCUUCUCAACAACGUCGUUCUCGACUUAGUCUUUUUCAUCGAAAUACAAUUCAUGUUUGCGAUCAAAUCGUCGAUCGUGUCACAGCACAUCAACAGCAUCAUUCAGCACCACCAUUGCAUAAUCAACAAACAAAAAUAGGUUUAGAUGCCAUUCAUGAAAACGGCGAAUAUUUAUCAAAACACGAACAACAACAACAACAACAGCAGCAGCAACAACAACAACAACAACAACAACAAUAUUCAAUAAAUAAUCGUUUCCCUCGUUCAAGUACAGUUCCCUAUCCAGCCUAUGCAACAAUAAGAAGAAACGAUGGAAACUAUCUUCCCUCUUCACAUUGCUAUUAUAACGAUAAUGCAACAUUUGUUCACGGAAAUAUUUCACCUGCGCAAUUAAACACCUAUUAUAAUACUCGACAACCACUUUCAUUAAUUAAUACUAAUUUUCAACCAAUUUCACCUCAUCAUCCUUAUGCAAGUCGACCUGUUGACGUACUUAAACCAACUUUUUUAAUUGUACCAAAAGCAGCAGAACAAAAAUUAGCUGCUCAAUUAUCAGCAUCGAAUUCACCAGUAUUAACUACUAGUAGUAAAAAAGUACUUAUGACAAAAAAACAAGAUAUUAAAACUCAACAAAAUUCAGCAGCAACAACCAUUGGACAAUCACCAACACCUGUCCACAAUGUCGAAGUUCAAACAAAUAAUGAGUCAACAACAAAACCAACAAUGAUGAAUACAUCACAAAAACAUAUCGGUCUUCUUGCAACACCUAAUCCAUCACCGUAUGUUCAUUUUAUUAAUGUACCAUAUCCGAUGCAAUCAAUAGAAUCUUCACAAGAAGGCCCACCAGAAACAUCAAUAAUACAAGACGAAUUCGUUAAUUUAAAUGAUUAUAAUCAAUCGUCUAUUAGUAUUCAAUCGAUGCCAAAUGUAGCUCUGACGCAAGUCUCGCCUUAUCACUGGCAUGGCUCACCAAUUUUACGUUAUUAUUAUCCAUCUCAACAACCAAUUGAUGAACAGCAACAGCAGCAACAAGAACAGAUGAUAACCAGUGCUGAAUCAACUGGUGUACGAUCAGCAACAAUGCCACAAUUGGCAAAAACAGCAAAUUAUCAAAAUCGUAUUGAAACAGGAGAAGCAGAUGAAUCAAGUAUAGCAUCAUUUGAUUUUGCUCAUACAGAUCUUGUUGAUAUGCCAGGCUCAUGGCGAUAUCAAUCAGUACCUGUACGAACGGCAGUACGAAGACAUCGUGCACCAAUACCACAAUCAUUUUUUGACACACAACAAUACGUUAGCGAUUCUGAACAAGUUAUUCGUUCAUCUAGUUAUAUUCAGCCACAAUUAUUUGGUUCAAUACCAACAAUUAACAGACCAUUUGAUUCAAUUCAAAGUCAACAGCCUAUUCAAUUUGUUCCAUCCAUUCGUUUAAAUGAUAAAGAUAUAUUAAAAAUUGCUGCAUUCUAUAAAAGUAUAGGUACACUUGUCUAUGUUGCUCACAGUAUAGCUACAUUGUAUGCAUCGGAUUUUGAUGCGAUGGCUAAUUUAAAAGAUUGGAAAAAACUUUAUACAGGUGUACCGAUAUGGUUAUUUAAUACUGGCAUGAAUCCUAAACGAUUUCGUAGUAUUCGAUUAGUUAUCUCAGAGCUUGGGUCAAGUUUUACACUUUGGGAUACAAUUGUUAAUGGCGCAUCGGAUGUACGCUUACCAAAACCACGUCAUAUAACAUUAAAAUCACUUGAAACAGGUACAAUACUUGCAUUGAAAUUUGAGGAUACGAAUGCAACCGACGAAUUUCAUCAAUAUUUUGUUAAAUUAUCGUGUGAUCCACGUAAUAAGGAUUUAUUUGAUGUAUUUAAUGCAAAACGACGUCCAGCUGUUUUUAUUUUACGUAAAAAAAAAAUAAAAAAAUCAGCUAUUUCAAAACCAUCACAUUUCAAUCAUAUAACAAAAGUUGAUGAAAAUGAUAGAGAUUCAUUAUAUACAUAUUCGGUGCUCGUCGAUGAUCACAUUACUCUUUCUUAG